GUAAGAUUUUCUUUGCAUGGUUUGGACCAGUGCCGACGGUGCAUGUUAUUGAUCUGGAUGUUGUUAGGGACAUCUUAUCCCGAAUGAACGAGUUUCAAAAGCCCAGAAAGAACAAUCCUUAUGUUAAGAUACUAUCAACGGGCAUAAUCGACUAUGAAGGAGAGAAAUGGUCAAAACAUCGAAAGAUCAUCAACCCGACUUUCCAUGCCGAGAAAUUGAAGUUGAUGGUGCCGGCUAUGUGUUUGAGUUGUUGUGAGAUGAUAAAGAGGUGGGAGACGAUGUUUUCAAACGAGAAGUCGCUCGAGUUGGAUGUUUUUGCUCAUCUUCAAAAGUUAACUGGCGAUGUAAUUUCACGUACUGCAUUUGGUAGUAGCUAUGAGGAAGGAGUACGGAUUUUCGACCUUCAGAACGAGCUUGGUUCAAUAUUGAUGCAUUCUAUACAAUCCUUGUACAUUCCUGGAUCAAG